CCUCAUUUUAUUCAUUUCGUUCCGAUUUCCCAACCAGCAAAGAUGCAGCAAACCAUUCUCGCCAUAUUGGGUAUAUUCUGCGUGUUCGCAGUUGCCCAGCAAAUCCAUUGCACUUCUCCGGUGCGUUACGUUGUCUCAGAAUUUAAGGCAAACUGGUUCCGAGCUUCGGAGUACUGCUUCUAUCGGGGAAUGCAAUUGGCCAUCGUGAAAACGCCAGAGGAGCAUAGACAAAUGGUCGAAGUGAGCAAAGACUCCCACGCGUUCAGCAACGACAGCUUUAUCGCGUGGUUCGGUGGCAAUGAUUUGGCCGAGGAGGGUAUAUUUAUUUGGCACGCAACCGGAGAGCGGGUUCGCUAUGCCAACUGGAGACCUGGUCAACCCGAUAAUUACGGAGGUGAUGAGGAUUGUAUGGCGCUAAUGAAUAUCCCUGCGUCUGGGUGGCAAUGGCACGCGAAUGACGGUCCGUGCCAGAAUGCACACUACUUUAUCUGCCAAAAUAUCAAUGAUCCAUUCCGGCGUGGCGUGACAACGUUUUGAUUCACUGAAACAUGUUUUCUCGCGUUUCCAUGUGUAAGCGCGAUUUCAUGAACGAUGUCGAAGCAAGAUUGAGAAAUUUUCCGAUAAGAUACGUCAGUUAAAGAAUAGUUUAUGAUUGAAUUCGCUUGUUGACAGUCAAAUAUUUUUGUGAAGUGACAAGAUGUAACUUUUUGCGGCUUACAACUCUUACACAUUAAUGUCGUAUUUUCGCUCGGUUUGAAAACAUACAAAUUAACUUUGCUCUAUGAUUUAUCAACGAUAGAUGAAGGUAAAUCCCAGAAUGUUCAGUUCUUCUGAAAACUUGCAAGACAUUUUACCUUUCACACAUUUCAAAUGUCGGCAUGCACGACAUGCUCUGCGCGAAAAACAGGAUUCAUGAGCGUUCUCACGUCGCAAUUUAAAAAAAGUGCAUUAAAUAUGAAUUUUACAGUAUUGUAGAAAGCAAUAUAAUCAUUUUUAUGUUAGCUCUUUUCAUGAAUCCUUCCCACUUUUCUCUGAGAACUCAUUUCCAUCACCAAGAAUCCAACCAAUAAUUUAUCACUCUCUAUAAUUUGCUUUUGUGGUGCAUAACCACAUGGAAUGGGUCAAUGCAUAUUACUAAAGACAAGCCCAGAAUUAUGAAAGCGUAGGAACUUCUUGUUAUU